AUGCUAUUCUUCGCCGACCUCACCUGCCAUGACUCGCGUGCGUCCUCUACCAACCCCUCCCGCGACCCCUCUUCAAAUGCGUUCUCCACUUCCUCCUCGCCCGCUUCCGGAGCCACCACUUCAACUGCUCGUACUCCUCCAGCCCAGUAUUCGACAUGUCCCCCUCCUGCUCUGCCUAUUCCUCCACCAGAAGCUCCUACAUCUGCCCCUGUUCCUCAAUCCGCCACCCCGGAACGUCCGUCGAUACGGCUGGAAAUCCCUAUGGGAUCUCCCUCGGAGCAACCCGUGUCGCCGCUGUCACCCAUCGUGUUCAGCAUACCCGGUUCACGCGAGGUCAGGAUGCGCCGCGAGCAAGAACUCGCACGUCGCAUGAAGGAUUCCGGUUUUCAGGAGGCGCGAUCUCCUACCGAGCCUCCCGACCAUAAAUCAGGCGCUAGUGAACUCACCUCGGGGCCGUCUCGUUCGCGCGUUUGCGCACAAGAACUCUCUCCUGCAUACACAGACUCGGACGACGAGCGGGACGUUGUACUGCUCUUGGAGCACGACUCGGACAUGGAAGAGUGCCCAACGCGGAGCGCAUCUCGCGCGGCGAUGCUCGCGCUUUUCUCCGACGGGGACGACGAGUCGGACUCUGGGAGCGUACCGAAGUUAUGGCAAGUCCCCGAGCACGAGCACGAGAGGCGGAACUCGUCGCAUCUCCAGGCCCAAGUAGAUGUCAAAGUCGAGGUCGUCACAAGGGAGGCGGUUGCGCGCACGAAGCGGCGGUUCAGCCGCAAGUGGAUCCGCGAGCGCAGGGGCAAACGGUGGACUGAAGACGACUUCGGGGAGAUCAUCUCCCAGCUCCGCAAGCUGCGGUGAAGCUGUGAUUUGCAUACGCUGUGUUGUGUACUGUACAAUUGACCACAUCCAAAAUCGCAUCGACGUCCCUCCUUACAAUGUACAUUAUUUUCUCAUCCUCAUCCGCCCAGUCCUUGUACAACCCACUCCAUCCACAGCUUAGACGCGAUUGCACGUACGCUCAUGGGCCAGCCAUCCUCUUAGACCUUACAAUCGCUCUUGCAGUAAUAUUAUUGUACGCUCAGAGAACCAUUGACUUACACAUCUUCCCAGGAAUGUGCCCGCAGGCCGGGCGGCGUGGCGUAGUCGUGUGACCUGUGUCUAUAGUACUGUACUCCACCACAAUUCACGGUCACAUCUUGC